AUGGUGCUUGAAACUGAAGCAACUGAUAAGGCUAUAAAACCGUAUAUAAAUAAAAAUGUUGACAUAAACAAUUUCGUGGAAGCAACAUAUGAAACUGAAGAACUUAGCGAUUUCGGUGUGAACAUUAAAAUUGACAAAGAUGAUGUUGAUGAUGAAAGGAUACUGGGAAAGGUUUUUGAUACACCUGAUGAUGCCUAUACAUUUUAUAAUGAUUAUUCAUUUUUGCAUGGCUUUGGUAUACGUAGAGAUGACACAAUUAAAAAUCCUAAUACAAAUGAGCCCUUUCGGAAGAUAUAUGUAUGCAACAAAGAAGGUUUCAAACGGAUGGACAAAAAUGAUUCAAGUGAAAAUGAGAAAAAACGUCAUAGAGAUGUUAGAACUGGAUGUCAAGCUAUGCUUCGAAUAACAAGACAAGAAGAUGGAAAAUGGUAG